AUGAAGUUCUCAAGCACUCUUAAGACCUGCGCCCCUUUGGCGGCAGCCCUCAACAUUACCUUUUACAAGAACGAGUCGUUAGCUCCGUCUCCGCUGCCAGCGUCGCAUGCCGGCUCGGAUGGAGAACAAAUCAUUGAACUAUUCCAGACCCUUGGUCGUUCCACUGUGUGGAAAAGUAUCGCAAACAUCAGCUUCGAGGGAGAUACCUUCGAGCCAGAAGGCAUGGUGCGUCUCAGCAACGAUCGCUACGUGGUCAGUUGCGGAGAGUACACCGAGCACACCGAAAAGUAUGGCGAGACCAUCAAUGGAACAGAUCGCACAGCAGGCCAAGGUUUCGCUCAUUUGAUGGUCUACAACGGCAAGGGAGAGCGCAUCGCCGAUGCGAGUAUCACGAAGAAAGGCGAGAGCGAAUACCACAACGGAGGUCUUGACUACGACGGCGCAUACAUUUGGGGAACUGUCGGCCAAUAUCGUCCAAAUAGCACGGCCUACGUCUACCGAGCCGACUCAACUACUUUGGACCCAGAGCAGGUGCUUCAGUAUGCCGACCAUCUGGGAGGCAUUGUGCACGAUACUCGCCAGAACACCAUCACCGCUCUAAAUUGGGGUGGGCGCAAUGCCACGACUUGGGACCUCGAGCGCGCCAAAACAGGCUGUGAUGCGACGCCCAAACCGAACCACGUCGUUCGUAACCCAAGCUAUUUUGUUGACUACCAAGACUGCAAAUGGCUAGGCCACAGCAAGUUUUACGAUGGAAAGAGCGUCAUGCUGUGUUCCGGAGUGGUCACCAUUGGCGGCUACAACCUGGGCGGCAUCGCGCUCGUCGAUGUUGCCACCAUGGUGCCGUUAGCUGAGGUCCCAAUUGCGCUGGAAAGCGCCCUUGGCGUGAGGUUGACGCAGAAUCCCGUCGAUGUCAGCGUUGAAGACGGCAAGUUGCGGUUAUACUGGAUGCCAGAUCAACACAACAGCACCUUGUACAUUUAUGAAGCGCAGCCCGACAGCCCAUUCCAGUACGGGGGAGGUCGCUAA